UGACUUAUGUUAUUUUCACCAGGCACAGAAAUUACAGAAUGUCUUGGAUAACAGAUUUAGCAGGAAAAGCUGAACAUCUUCUCAAUAAACUUGACAGUGAAGCAGCAACAGUUUUAAGUAAAGAGCGAAGAAAUUCUGUCACUAAUAAAUCGCCGUAUAAAUACAAUGCAGCAAAUACAGUUUCCCAGCCUGCAAAGUAUGAGAGUAAAUCAAACCUGCAAAGUUCCUCUAGUGUGCCAAGUAAUUUAAGUACCUAUGGUCUUAGUGGUUCUUCAGCAGUAUCUUCUUCAAGUUACUAUACUGGUCAAGGAACUUCUUUAUCAUCAUCGCCAAAGGCAACAGGAAAGAAAGGUCUUGCAAAGAAAAAAGAUCGGCGAGAGGAAGGCUUGAUGGACUUCCUUAACAGUCCUGUGGAGCAAGAAGCCCAACCUCCACCUCCCACAAGCACUCCUCAACCUGAAUUGAUGGUAGCAUCUUCAAUGACUACCUCCACCAUUAGUAGCUUGGGACAUUCACGUCAGUCAUCAGUAUCUUCUGUCUCGUCUUUCAUGGCUUUGAGUGGAAGGGAAACGCCAGGAUCAGCCACAGUUGACAUUGAGAGUGGAAGCUCUGAUUCAGGCAGUGGAGCUUCAGCAAACACCGAUGCAUAUGUUACAGUUGAUACUCCAACUGAUGUUAACAUAUCUGCUCCACCAAGUACCGAUGGAAGCACCAGUAGCAAUGGUAUUAUGUCUGCAUCAGUUGAGAGUGAAUCAAGUAUGUUGAGGAAAGAAGUUUCAAGUCUUAACCAAGAAAUGAGUCAAGUACUGAAAAGAGCAAAAGAUGCUGAAAAAGAAACUCAGCAGCUUAGGGCUCAAGUCUCAGGAUUACUUAGUCAACAGUCAUCCAAUGACAGAUUAUUACGAGAACUGCAGCAAAGGGAAAUGGACCUUCAGGAAUCUUUGCGGGCCAAGGAUAGUCAGUUAGCAGUGUUGCGAGUACGCCUUCAGGAAGGGGAUGACCAGCUGAAAGUCAAAGGAAAAAUUAUUGGUAGCUUGGAGGAAGAAAAUAAAAGGUUAUUGGAGGGGGUGAAUGAGAGUAGCGGUUUGCAUAAUCAUGCUUUGCAAACUGUACAAGAUCGCCUAGCAGAAGCUCAAGGUACUUUAGAUAGAGAGAGGCAGCUUCAUUCCACAACUCAAACAGAAUUGACAAGAAGAGUCACUCAGCUAGAAGAAGAGCAGCAGGCAAUGGUAGCAGCUAUGACUGAAGCCCAAAGAAAACAUGAGGACGAAAAGAAUAAAGCACAGCACCUCACAACUCAGAUUAAUUCCCUUCGAGGUGAAGUUACAGCAGCAAGGGAGGAAUUUACUGAAUAUAAAGCUAAGGCAAGUCGUAUUUUGCAAAGUAAAGAGAAGCUUAUAGCAAGUCUUAAAGAAGAAAGAGGAGGUGAAGGUUCUUCAGAUGGAGAUCCAGAAAGUCAAAUACAUCAAGCUGAAUUACUUCAAAUAAGAGCUGAACGAGAUUUGUUGAGGGAAGAAAUGGAAAGUGCUGGAAUGAGGAUUAGACAGUUAAUGGCAGAAAUCACAGAUUUGGAAACUAAUGCUCAGGACCAUGCAACAUUGGCAGCACAAAAUGCAGCAGCCCUUGAAGAAUCUGUUGCUGAAGAAAGGAAGAGGAGAGGAGAAUCAGAGGCUGAAAAUAGGCAGUUACAAGAGGAAUUGCGAUGUGUCCACGAAGAAUUAACAAGACAGAAAGUUAACUUUUCAUCUAGACUUCAAGAGCGUGACACAGAAAUAGAGCGCCUUCGGAAACAGGUUGCUCACAAGCAGAGUUCUUCAAGCAGUCUAGUAGAACUUGAGCAGCGUGUGCAUGGAUUAACCGAGUCCCUUAUUCAUAAACAAAAUAGUAUAGAGACUCUUAGUACAGAGAAGCAUUCUCUUAUCAUCCAGAUGGAAAGAUUACAACAACAAUAUCAAGAAUCACAGACAAUGCUUAACAGAGACCAACCUACAGCUUAUCGGCAAGAUGAUGUCCGAAGUCGUGUACCAAGCUUCCUUGUGGAAUCUCCAUUUGAUGGUGGCAUGGCCCGUCGAGUAAAACGAGCAUAUUCUACUUUAGAUAAAUUUUCUGUUAGAUUAGGAGUGUUCUUGAGACGGUAUCCAAUUGCUAGAGUGUUUGUUAUUUUAUAUAUGUGCCUUUUACAUGUUUGGGUUAUGAUUGUGUUAUUGACUUACACACCAGAAAUUCAUGGGCCUGACUAUCAUCAUCCUAUUGGUACAAUGCCCCACAAUCCUGAAUGAGAAAGUACACUCUGGAAAUAACAUUUUUUAUUGAAUCACUGAAAAAAGUAUUUGGCCUUGGAUUCCAAUCAUGAUUAUUCAUUUUGUGGUUUCACUAAUGCAAAAUAUUACACCACAGAUCAUGUGCGUGUAUUGUACAAAGCUGGGCAGUUAUAAUUGAUACUGGAAAAAGAUUUUUUGUUUUAAAAGUUAUUUUUCAUAACAUUUUUGUGCCAUGUCAUAAUAUUAAAAACAUAGCCAUUCCUUUCGGUACUUGCUCUGGUAGUGAUAUACGUAUUUAUAAAUUAUAUAUUGAAAGGGUGGUAUAAUUCUGAGUGUCUUUAUAUUUCUUUGUAACACAGGUGAUGAGUUGGGGUAUGUCAAUAGUAUUUCGGACUGCAAGUGAUGAUUUUAGGAUAUAUCAAUAUUAGGGCUGCAGGUGAAGAUUCAAGGUAUGUCAGUUUUAGGGGCUGCGGGUGAUGAUUUAGGAUAUUUUAAUAUUAGGGGCCAUUCAACAAAUACCCAGUUAUUAUUCCUUCAGGCAUUAAGUUUUCUUACUUUGGUCAACUGCUUGAUUCUUAAGUAUCAGGUUGGCAAGCUACUGUAUAAGCUUGACUGGUUGUUCCUCAGAUAAGUAAAUUCUAUCAGUUUUUAUUGCAUGUGUUAUCUGUCAGGUUUUAUACAUUUACCCAUAUCGAAAUGAGUUGAAUAUAACCAUUUACAUCUGAUUUUUAUGGAAAUAUAGUGCUACUUAAAUUUAUCUUAGAUGUAAAACAGCUCUGUGAAUUUUUGGAAAAUUUUUGCAGUUCAGCCCACUUGAGAUGUAUGUGAGUACCAGUUUUUUAAAACUAGCAUGUUUUAUUUCUUUCCUUUGUGUCUGGUAUCUGGUCACUUUGAAUCAGAGGCUAACAGCAUGAAAUAAACUUAGUUUAUUGAUCAUAAUAGAUUUCUGUCAUCAAACUAGAUACAAGUACAGUGGUACCUUGGCCUACGAGUGAAUUAAUGUACAAAUUUUCUGUGGUACGAGUCAUCACUCUUGUCAAUUUUUUGCUUUGUUGAGCGAGCAAAAAAUUGAGGUACGAGCUCGAGAUGCCGCUGCUACAUAGAUGGCGUAGUGACGAAAAUUAAGAUAAGCAAAGAAGAAAAAGUAAAUUUGCAUCUUUUACAUGAAUCUUUCAAAAAGUUAUACAUUACUUCAGUGUAUCCAGUACUAUAGUAUGUAUUCUCAUAUUUUAUUAUAAAAUACUAACACAGCGGUAAGUGUUUCAGUUUGGAAAUCAGCUGAUAGCAAAUAUGGGUUUAUUUUGCCAUACUUAACUCAAUUGAGUGAAUUUCCUUGCUUCUAGUUAGCAUAAACGAAUAUCUAGAUACUUGACUUCAUGAGACAAGGUCAUUUUUCGUUAUACAACAUGUUUUUAAGUUGAAAUAUGACAUGAAUACAUCUCAUUGUGAUUGUGAACUAAAUCAUUUUUUUUUUUCGUUAAUAGAUUGUGUUGGCAGAAUGUUUAUUGAGUAAAAAAAUUAUGCGAUUAUCCCAUUUGCUAUUUUUACUUUAUUUCAUUGUAAUACAAGCUUUAUAUUGUUAUUUAUUGUUUAUCAGCAUGAAAACAAUAGUAAAAUGUGUUCUUUCAAGCCCAGUAGUUUUGAUUAAAGUUAUUUGCUCUCAAUUUUAUCUAUGGUUGAGUUUGAUGGUAUAAGUUUGCAAGAGUUUUAUCAUUGUUGCCAAUGCACAAUAAUAGUCAUUAGUAGCUUGAACAGUUUCCUCAGUUUCAUCCACAACUUGGUUUAAAUUUAACAUUAGUAUACUUCCUUGUUGAUCUUGCAUCAGUAUUAAUUGCUAACCCCAUCGCAAAAUUGGAUUAUCGUAGGACAAAUUAAUAUAAUGUGAACACUACCUGUACACUGUAUAAUUGCUAACCCCAUCGUAAAAUUGGAUUAUCAUAGGACAAAUUAUCAUAACGUGAAUAUUACCUGUACACUGUAUAAAACGUUAUAUCUUUACAUACUCUUUCUAUUAUGUUUUUGUACAAUAUUUGUUAUUGAGAAAUAUAUUUUCCUUAUUUAAUAACAAACAUAAAAAUAUGAGGUGGCAUUUUGAGGAAUGAAUUAAACUCGUAGGUCAAGUUACUACUAUAUAUCAAGCCAUCCAUUUGUUAUUUUUAGUUUGAAUUAAAUUCCUGUAGUCUGCUUGUAUUUUUGAAGACUUCGGAAUUAAGUAAUUUUUGGUGUUUUAGACUUAUACAAGUUUUUGAAAAUGGGAUUCAGUACAAUAUUAUGCUCUUAUAAAUUGUAAAUGGUGUGUUUCCCUCUACUUAUAUUUCCUUAGUUGUACAAUUGGUUUUGCAAAAUAUUGCAUCAGUUCCCUUAAUCUUUCAGACAAAAAGCAAUUGGCAGUAUUUAGUAAGUGGUUUCUGGUAACUAUUGGCCAGGCAGCACACGAUGACUGAGUCUCUCAGUAACUCGGUUACAGAUUGCCCUAGAGCUAGAGCUCGUGAUUGCUUAAGGCUGGCUUAACCUUGCUAAUGGAUAUUAUGAAGGCAUUCAGUAUCCUAGUAGCCAAGCUAAAUAACAUUCCAUUUAAAGGAAAUUAAAAUUAUUCUAGUUCUUUCUCAUGCUUUUACUUGUGACUCGGCCUGCACCAUUUUUUUUUCUUUUUUCUUUUGGUGUGUGUGUGAAGAUGGAUAUUUUUUAUCACUCAAAAUUUGUAGGCCUGUAGUUUCUACAUAUACGCCGUUCAAAAAAUUAACUGUUAGUUACAUUUUGUCUAUUUGUUGUAAACAAAAUAUAGAAAAUGUUGAAAAUUAGCCAAUAAAUAUUCACUUAGGCCUAUCCUAUAAUAUGCAGUAUGAUUUUUAUUAAGGAUUGUGCUAUCAGAUAUUUAUAGUCAAUAAUGUAUUUUUUUACUGUUAUGCAAAUAUAUAAUAAUUAAU